AUGACAGACCACUACGCCAGUAAUGUCAUUGUCGAGCAACCACAUGGCCGGUAUGAUACCUUGGAAUACCCUGAAAUUGGAAUUAUAACUGGUAAAGGAAAGCAUGAAAAAGUUCUUCCAUACAACAAAGAUGCAAGAUAUGAUGGGGCGCCAAAUUGUACAGGUCGUAACGCCCAAAAUAUUAGGAAUGGCGGUACUCGCGAAAAUAAAUAUGUUGAUACUCAAGAUGAUGCAGGUUAUGAUACCAAAGAUGUAAAUGGGAGUAGAAGUCGCUUGAACAUACUGGACGACAUCCAAAAUAUAAAUAGUGCUAUGGAUGAAACACAUGCAUAUGAUAGCGCAUCAUCACCAUGCUCAAUGGGUAUCAGAGGUGAUGGAAAAAUUAAGACUCGUCAACAUGCUUGUACUGAUCAUGAACACGUUGGAGGCAUACCAAACACGCCGGAUAACAUCAUAGUGAGGACUUUUGAAGAUACACCCAAACACAAGACUGACAUGCAAUCGCUAUCACCUGAAUGUGUUCCGGAUAUCACUGUAAGGACGAUGGAAGAACAUGACGCUGAAUUUGUGGGAAGGAUGGAGGUGGAAUCGUUCAAAUCUAAAUACGAAUGGGCAGUGGGAAAAAGCAGGACUGAAGGAGUUGCCAUGAUACUAGAGAAAAACUCACGGAAUAAUGUUGAUGGCUACUGUAGGACUUUCAUUGCUGAAUAUAAGAACAAACCUGCUGGGAUGAUUAUCAUCAAGCUCCAUGGAGACGAAGAAAUCGAUGUGUCGCUAUGUGACCUUUAUGAAAAACUGGGGUGCUAUGGAACAUAUGGGAUGCUAUCUAUGGCAUGUCUUGUGUCAGAGGCUCAUACAGAAUCACAGGAGUGUUACGUAGAGUGUGUAUGUGUACAUGAGGCGUACAGGGGUAAGGGGAUUGGUACACUUCUACUGGAGAGAGCAGAAUAUGAAGCCAAAGCGAAAGGAUGCAGUAAAAUGAGCCUCCAUGUAGCUCAGCGUAACCGUGCAGCAUCUCUCUACCACAGACAAGGGUAUCACAUAGCUCAAAAUGAAGACGGAUUCUUAUGUACAUGGUGUGCCGUUGGUAUAAGGAGAUGGUAUAAAAUGACGAAGAUGGUAUAGGAUCA